UUAAUAUAUAAUCAUCUUUUAUUAGGUUAAUAUAUAUAUAUAUUAUGGUUUCAAUAAAUAAAUAUGGUUUGGUAUUUACUCUGUCUUUUGUUAUGUCUAACUUGUAAACUACUCCUGGCACAUAGAAAUUUCAUUGAGAGACAUAGAAAAGGCGAUAUAUUUCAGGCAAGUUGUAACACUUGCCAUUUAUUUGCAGCAACAUGUGCAACAGGAUUUUCAUGGUUUAGCUGCUGUUCAAAGUGUAAAUGUGAAAAUGGUGCAACAAUCUAUCAAGAUAUGUGUUACAGUAACUUGGCUCACGCGAAAUUUGAAUGUCAAUUUUUUAUCAAUGAUGAUCAAUGGUAUGGCUUAUCAACCUUUACCUUGCAAAAUUAUGGUCCCACUUUCAUUGGAUAUAUUGUGCGCAAUAAAGAUUGGAAUAAGAAAUAUUACACAAAAUGUACCAUACAUCCGACUUCAACAUACUGGGAUACAAGGCACUGGCAUAUCCUCUUUACAGGCGGUAGAGAUGUUAACGAUUUCAAAACUGAUGGAAGUUUUGAUGGUGUCAUUUUGAAGUUUGUGGCUGGUGGAAUUAAAAAGUCAUUAUAUGACGGCUUGCUGAUUAAGUUUGUUCUUUCAUGUUUCUCGGAAGGACUUGUGGAAACAUCUUGCCUAAUUGUGAAGCUCUCGGGAAAACGAUUUUAUAGUGAAGAACCUGCAACUACUGCUGUUAUUCCAAUGACUUCAUCCAUCCACACCACACCUCAUUUGGAGAACACAACAGCUAAAAUGAUGCACACAAAUUCAACUGUGACCUUAUUAACUACGAUAUCUUCAAUUACCAAGAAAGCAAAUAAACCUGAUACAGGGCUUGAUGUGCGAUAUGUCUUGAUUAUUGUGUUUAUCCUUGUUGUGUUAAUGGUGUUUUGUGGCAUAUUUAUAUGUUGUUAUCGAAAAAAGAGGCAUUCGUCAGCCCCUGUAGAGAAACAGUAUUUGGUAUCCUGUCAGCAGUCGUAUCAAUCCAGUGACAGUGGAAGCCUGGUAACGAGUAGUGAAUUUGAAGAAAUCAACGAACCUUGCUAUAGCGAUCUCAACGAGUUGAAACUUUUUGAUAUAAACAAGAGAAAAACUAAAAAGCCAUCUCAGAAAGCUUUUAACAGAGCGGCACAAGAAGAGUCUCAAACUGGUUCCGUCCCUGUCUAUAUUUCAACAAAAUACCCCAGUGAAAGCGGGGACUCGUAUUUUGCUACGAUGAACACUUAGGAUGACGUCAUCGAAAAAAGGUUGGACAUGUUUAUGUUUUUAUGGAUAAGCGUUUGAGCUUUAUCGUUAGCAACAGUAAUGGACAGCUUAAUGUUAAUGGUAUAACCACAAAUGUUGUUUUCGUGGAAAUAAUAUUUUUUUUGUACAUAUGGUAUAUUAACAUUUUUUACUCGUAUAAACGUUGGUAUGGAAAUAUAAUAAUACCUUUUUUAUUUGCAUCAAGGACUGAGAACGUAUAGUUAUUUUGAAAAUCUUUAUUUAUACGUCAUUUUUGUCAAUGCAUAUAUGUUUACUGUGUUGUUGUUUUUUGUAUAUUUCGCAGUUUAUGUUUUCGAUGCCGUAAUUUUAUCACGUAUACCGUGGUGUUAGGUGUUACUUCAGUUUUACUGUAUUUGUAGUAUGUUGUAUCAGCAUUUUUCUUAGAAGUUUUUACUCGGAUUUUUGACUCCCUGCUCGAAUUGGAAAGACUCUUUAUCCUUGUUGUACCGAAUUGUAAAGGUUCCCUCUCGGUGACGUAGUUUUCUCACCUUCUGGAAUAUUUGUCACCUUGUUUUUACAGGGACAUGACAUAUGACGCCAGUAUCCUAAAAGUGUAAUGAAUAUCCGUAUUUUGUAUUUAUAACUUUAUAGUAAAAAUUAUAGGUAUUUUUUGGAUAAUUAUUUUUCUUAAGUUCUUUUCCUUUUUUUUAGAAAAACGAGAAUAGUUAAAUUUAAAUUUCAUAA